CACAGAAUCACUGCCAACAGUCAGUCAUCCCUUUCACGUAAAGUUCCUUACAAUGAUUUACAUCACAAUAAAAUUUACGGCUGUAUAGGAAUUGUCAUUAUAUUUAUUAUUAUAAUAACAUUGUGGUCAUCACACGUGUCGGGUGCCUACUGUCCGGCCACCGAUUUCUUCUACCCGUGUCAGUGCAUAUCAAGACCGUCACAAACCUAUGAGUUUACCAUAUCGUGUUGCGGACCCCAUAUAAGUGACAUGGAUUUGUUGAGAGCCUUCACUCGACUCAACACAUAUCUCAACGGUUCCAUGUCUUCCAAGACAUUCUUCAAGCUCGAGAUAAUGCAGACAUCGAUUCAAAAUAUC